GGUCUACAUAAGGUCUCCUCAAGAAAUUCCCUCGAUUAAAUCCAAGUCUAGAUUCGUCCUUUCCAAGUAUCAUCACUCGUUCAACAAAUCUAGGAGCCAAUAGCCUUCUUUCUCUGAAAUCCCACAGUACAAUGGACGACAUGCUGGAGAGUUAUCAAUUCUUAGUCACUCAGCUGGUAAAUAAGUCUACAUCACCAGAUCCACCUAUAAACAUGGAAAACUAUAGCUCGGAAGAGAGCUUUGCGGAUGAUAGCAGCCUUUCUAUGGUUCAACCUGAUCACAGCUCUCAAUCAUCAACUUCAGAUUUAGCUCAUCAGCCUUUUGGAUCUUCUUUGCCUGGAGUGGAAUCCCCUGUUCGCACAAUUCAACAACAGUUUGCCCAAUCUCGUCCCAAGCCCCCGCGCAGCAGCAAAGAGCAUCUAGAAUCACAUACACAUGUUAGCUUCACACGUAAUCAAAGUCUGUUGAUUCAAGAGCCCAGUUUCUUUCCAUUGGAGUAUCCUCCAUACCCAACGAAUGACGUCAAUUUCGAUGAAUGGACCGACUAUGCAACCUACUGUGGCGCGGGACCCGAGCCGGAGCUUCUAAAUCUUCUAUCAAACAAAAAUAACGCAAGUCUUUCCAAAAAGUACUUCACACCUCGAUCUAUAGAUGAUGCCGACAGCGAAAAUUCAUCCUCUUAUGAGAAAACAGUAACGAUACGGCCUAGAACACACGAAUUUGGGGUGACAACUGCUCAACCCACAAAUUCAACUUCCCUGAUUGAGGAGUCGUGAUUGCAAAGACAUAAGUUCAUGGAAAAUCUUGCGCCACUGUAACCAACUGAUAGUCUCAGACGGGAGGUCCAGGGGAAAAUCAUCAUAUAUAGAGAAUGAUCA